AUUGUGACUUAAUGUGAUUUACAUAAAUAUUGUUACAUUGAAACAUUUGCAACCAUAGAUUUUAGCAAAAUUGUUUACAGAAACAAAACAUCUACAAUAUAAAUAGGUGAAGCUGUCCAAUCUUUAAUUUAAAUAAAAACAAUAUCCCAGUAACAGUUAACUCAUCAAUCUAUACAAUAUACAGCAUACAUACAGUACCUACAGAUUUAUAUUUGAUUGAUGUCAAGCAUUUUCUCUUUUUAAUACAGAGUGACCUAUUUCAGAAGUGCUUUUUCCAUCCCAAGAAGUGCAUUUAAAAUAAACACAAUAGUGAUUUUAUUUUGUUUUAUCUUUGCUUUAAAUAAAGCAAAGCUCAACCCAUAUUUCUAAAUGGAAAGUAUGAUAAAUCUAAGCUGGCAUACAAACUGGUUCUCUAGUUGCUGGCUGUCAGCUUGGCCAUAUGGUAUUCCUUUUCUAUAGCAGUUUCAAAAUGGAAAUAUAUUCAUUUAAGAUAUGAUUAUCAAUGGCACCUCGUCAUGAUGGUGGUUCUUCCAGGGUCAGAGGCAGGACCUGAAUGCCAAUCACGAAUGAUAAACUUUGGACUUUUUAUGAGCAUCUGACUGGCCACUAUAUCAAAUGACACCAUAAAUUAGACAGGCAUGCAAUUUAACCCAGGAUAGCUCUUAAGUUCUUAUAAACAGCCAUUCUCUAUUCAAUGCAUUCCUACACGCUAUAGUUUUGUUAACACUUGAAGAGGGAUCCUGGCAGAUAUCAAAGGCUUCUUUCCUUCUUUACAAGCUGGAUGGAGAGGAAAACGGGGAGAUAAAAAGAGAAGAAAAGUUGGUCUCCCCUAUUUUCACCUGUCACUCUCUCUGCCCUAUGAGGGGGGAGGAGGGGGAGAAGCUUGCCCUCUCUGAGCCAGAUAGGCAGCAUGACCAGCAGAUCAGUUUCCUACAUUUCUCUUGGGAACUGCCAAGGAAGGGAUGGGGAGGAGGCAGGGCUGUGGAAAGCUAUGAAACAAAACCAAACUUCUGCAUUAAAAAAAGCAGUCUGGGGGUGUGUGUUUUUUCCCCAUCUGCAAAACAUGGAGGUGGCUGCGAUGCCAAAAAGAGAUUAAAGGCGCCUUUUCUCUUCUCCUUUGGAAGCCCACUUGGGCAUGAAAGUUGAGGCGACGCAUUGCGCCCGGAGGUCGGAUUUCUGCUCGAUCCAGCGGAGGGCCUCGAUCGGAACCCCCAUUCCUUGGGAAUUGAACGGCAAAUACCCCCCCUAACCCUUACGCGCCUGGUAGCUUGUUUAAAGCACAGUCCAGCCAAGCGGCGAGCUCCAGCCGGACCGCAGCCCUGGGAGUGCGAAACGGGGACGGGACGGGACAGAACAAAACGGGACAUCACCCUGCCGGGCAGCAAGGGAAGGUAUCCUGCUGGCAGGAGGUCCGCUUCCUGCUCCUCCUCUUUCGGUUGUCGCUUUAGCCGGCUGUCUCUCUGGACGAAGCAGAAGCUUAGCGCGGGUCCACUUAUCUGCACUGUGCUUGCCUGGUCCACAUCAUCCACGAAGCCUUCAAUGCAUGCUCCUGAUAUUAGGACUGAGAAGUGACUGCUCCAAGAUCACCUAACCGUUCCCACAAAUAACUGAUGAGGGUAAAAGAUCCAUCAAAGGUUACCCAUGAUAAAAAUAAGAGACAAAAGAAGGCAAAUCAGCAUCAGGAUGAAGAUUCCUCAGAUGAUAUUACAGGAUUAACAUGCCAGCAUGUGAGCCAGGCAGUUGAUGUCCAUCAUGUGAAGAGAGCAGUGGCUCAAAAUGUUUGGUCAAUAUGCUCAGAGUGCUUAAAGGAAAGGAGAAUAUAUAAUGGUGAACCAGUAAUGCCUUCUGAUAUAUGGCUCUGUCUCCGAUGUGGCAUUCAGGGCUGUGGUCAAAAUUCAGAAGGCCAGCAUUCUCUAAAGCAUUUCCAGACUGCACGGGCGGAUUCUCAUUGUAUUGUAAUCAAUCUUAGCACAUGGAUCAUAUGGUGUUAUGAAUGUAAUGAGGAACUCUCAACACAUUGCAACAAAAAGGCUUUGACACAGAUCGUUGACUUCCUCCAAAGGCAUGUUACUAGAAAUGAAUCAAGUUCAUCGUCAAAAAUUAUAUGGUUACAUGAAGAAAACAAUGAAACAAAUGACAUAUUAAGAGGAAAAGGCCUCAGUUUCAGCUGGGCAUCUGUUCCUGUUAAAGGCAUUAAUAACUUAGGAAACACAUGUUUCUUUAAUGCUGUUAUGCAGAAUUUGGCACAGACACACAUGUUAAGUGAGCUGAUGUGUGAAAUGAAAGAAAAGGGGACAAAGCUAAAAAUAGCUCAAAGCCCAGCAUCCCAACUGGAUCCAUUGGUAGUGAAUCUUUCAAAUCCUGGAUCCCUGACUUCAGCCAUGCUCCUGUUCCUUCAUAGCAUGAAAGAUGCUGGGAAAGGUCCUCUUUCUCCUAAAAUUUUGUUCAACCAGCUCUGCCAGAAGUAAGGACACUC